UUUCCCUAAUCCCUACCUCCCACCGUCCCACCCCCAAAGUGCGAUGCGCUGAGUUGCGUUGGGUUCAGAAUUCAGACCCAAGCCCUCCCCGAUCGAUCGUUCGUUCCAGGCUUCCAGCGAACCGAAGCCGACGCCGCCCGCCGCUGGUACCACGAGGGACGACAUGGCUAAGCCGCGGGAUCGUCGUCGUCGCCGCCGCCGCGCAGCCAAUGGAGAUGUUACUUCCUUGGCUAUAAAGAAGGGCACGCUCUGCCAAGAAUAUGAUAAUCCUCGGGAUGGUAAAAGAUUGAGAUAUUCAUGGCAAAAUCUCCCAGAGGACAUUUGGUGCCAUAUCCACUCUCGAAUGACACUUCAAGAUGCAGCGCGCGCUGCUUGUGUAUCUCGUGCAUUUCUACGUUCCUGGAGAUUUCAUCCCAAUCUCAUCUUCACUGAGGAAACACCAAGCUUGGAACAAAAUGCACGUCGAAAGGGUGAUAAAUCAUGUGCUUUCGCUAGCACAGUUGACCAUAUUCUGGAAAACCACUCGGGCAUUGGUGUGAAGAGACUCAAGAUUAUGAUGGAUAGUUUCUGCAAUACCAAAAUAACUUCUCUCAAUAGUUGGUUUCAGAAAGCUAUUACACCAGGGAUCGAAGAAAUCACCCUUGCGCCGCCUUCAAACUACAACGGAGAUUACAGCUUCCCGUUCUCACUUGUAUUUGAUAGGAGCAGAAGCUCGAUUCGGUAUCUUGAACUUACCAAUUGUACCAUCCAUCCUACGGUUAGCCCUGGUUGCUUGACAAGCCUGACAGAGUUGUGUUUGCGUAUGGUGCAUAUCAAGGAUGAGGAGUUAGGAUGUCUUCUUUCCAUGUCUUGUGCUUUGGAGGAUUUGCAGCUCAUGUAUUGCAGGGAGAUAAGAAGCCUGAAGAUACCAAGCAUGCUAGAGAGACUCAGCCACCUGACAAUAUCUGGGUGUUAUAAUCUACAAAUGGUAGAGUGCAAAGCUCCCAAUCUGUCCACUUUUAGCUUCACUGGAGGUAUAGUACAACUCUCACUUGGAGAAUCAUCACAAGUGAAGAGCCUAUAUAUGGCAUGUUCAUCUGUGCCCAACUUCACCUACAAUUCUAUUCCCAAGCUUCCCUAUAUUGUGCCGAAUAUUAGAAAUCUUACCUUAUCUUUUAUUAAUGAGGGUAUUAAUACACCAACGAUAGCUGCCAGAUUCCUUCAUCUCAAGCACCUGGAAAUUAAUCUUUAUGCAAAUUCCUUGCCCCCAGGAUAUGAUUAUUUUUCUUUGAUUUCUUUUUUCGAUGCUUCCCCUUUUUUGGAGUCCUUCAUCCUGCGUGUUCACCAGGUUGGCAUGAAGCACAUUUCUAUCUUUGAGGAUGACUCACAUAUGAGGCAGACGUCUGAACAUCAGCAUGCCAGCCUCAAGAAUGUGAUGAUCCUUGGCUUCUGCUCUGCAAAGAGCAUGGUUGAGCUAGCAUGCCAUAUCCUGGAGAAUGCAACAAAGCUAAAAAGUAUUACAUUGGACACCGUACUUGAUGCCGAAGAUGAAGAUAAUAUUGGCAGGUGUUGUACAAAUUCUACCCGCAAAAUAGGUAAGUGCACACGACUAACCAGGGAAAUGAUCUUGGAAGCAGAAAGAGGAUCCGUAGCCAUUGAAAGAUACAUCUUGGGAGCAGUUUCUUCCGGUGUUGAGUUAACUGUUCGUGGGGCAUGUAGCUGGUGCCAUGAUAUUGAACGUGCCAAAAGCCCAUAAUAUUAUACACUUAGAUAUUUACAUGUGCGGUUAAUUAAUUACCCAGUACUUAAGAUGAACUGUCUCUAAUACCAUUCAUCCAACAUGUGUAGCCAUGUGCUCACUUCGUUAGCAUCAAUUUUGAA